UACACAUUGAUGAAAUCCAAUCUUUUUAUCUUUUGUAUGGAGCGUAAAUUUUUAAAUUAUUAAAUAUUUUACUUUGUAGUUGAAGAUAUUUGUUAUAGAAAUAUAUAAAAAAAUACAUUCUUUAAAUAUAUUACAUUUCAAUGAUGAAACAGUUAUAAAAUGGCUUUGUGGAAUAAUGUUUUAUCGGGUUUCGAUACAGAAGAUGAAACUAUUAAUUUUGGAACAAGAAUUGUUAUAGAAAGUAAAACAUCUAUUUAUGAAACUGUCACACUUGCAAGUGUUCAAGCGGAUGGAGAAGUCAAAAAUAAACCAAUUAUCCAAGCUUCUCUUCAAUAUACUAAACUAUGUAUAGCAGUUGAUAAAUCUAUCACAAUAUUUGAAGACGAAACAUGCCAGAUUGUAUUGCUAAGUAUAGGUUUCGAUUCUUUAAUAACAUGUUAUUGUAUAUCAAAAGAUGAAGAAUUUUUAUACGUUGUAUUGAAAAAUGGAAUGUUGUAUUGUUUACAUUUAUCAGAUAGUGGUGGGGUUAUUUUUUCUAUAAAUAUAUUUGAUCUUACGGAUGAUUACUCUAAUAUUAUGAAAAUAUCGAUAGAGAAAGAUAAUAACGAUUCAACACAAGUUAUUCUUAUUAACAGAAAAGGUGUUAUUUACAGAAUUUCAUUAUUUUCUGUAGAAAAACUUAUUUCUACUGAUGCUGAAAAUGAUGAGUUAUUACAGAAAGAAUUUAAAAAAAAUAUACAGUGUACAACAAUAUUUGAAGGAUUUGAAAAAAAUGAGGAAUUGUGUUCAGUAGCUGUAAUACCAGAUAAUUCAAGUAUAAUUCUCAUAGGAAGAAAUAUAUGUUUUGUUUGGCCAAGUAAAAAUUAUUGUAACAUGAGUGCUUUACCAUAUAGUUAUAAAAAAGUCCAAAUUUUUAAAAAUCUUAAUGCAAUGUUAUGUUUACAUACAGAUAAAUUUAUGAGUAUAGUAUGUACUAGAACAUUAAUUGGCAAAAAGGUUUAUAAGGAACCGGUUAUAGAUUUUAUGAUAGUUAAUGAUGAAAGUAAUAAUCAUCCUGACAUUUUAUUUCUAUUAGAAAAUGAAAAUACUGAUAUAUUUACUUUACGUUUGGUUUCUUUUCCUGAGUUUGAGCAAAAGUUUCAAAUAAAUGUACCUACAACUACGAAUUUAGUAGACACUUUAAAUUCGUCUAUUGGAUCAAUAUUAUUUAUAGAAGGGAUUAUCAAUGACACAAACAUAAAUACAAUUAGAAUAAAAAGUAUAGUAGAAAGUGCUCCCAACUUUCGCUUAGAAAGAUUAUUGAAAAGAAGACAAUUUAAAGAAGCAGAAACAUUUGCAAAAAAAUUCAGUCUAUCUUUGGAAAGUAUUCACAUUUCAAAGGCAAUAUUAUUCACUGAACAGCUUAGUCCUUGGGCUAAGGAAACAUCAGAUUUAAUUAAUUUAGAUACACUAAUAAACACAUUAAAUCAAAUAAAUGAUUUGAAAUUUGUAAUUAAUUGUUGUACAAAUGCUAUUAUGUUUGAUUAUAAGCAGAUGAAAAAAUUACUUUUAUAUGCAAGACAAAGAAUUAUCGAUAAUAGUAAGGAUAAUAUGUACAUAAUACAAAAUGAACAAUUAAAUCUUCUUAGAUCUAUAAAUAUUGCCAUUCAUAAAUUAGAAACUUUUGAAAUACUUUGUGAAACUUUAGUAGCUAAUGAAUAUACAGCCGAUCAAAUUUUAGAUGAAUGGAUACGGUUUUCACGAGCUGAUUUAUUAGAAGAAUGUAAAAUUCGUUUGGGUAUGGGAGAACUUGAAGCGGCAGCUUUGAUCUGGUCCAGACAUUUACCAGACAUGGAAAAAAAUCUAUCAAUGGAAACUGUACAAGAUAUUUUUAAAACUAUAUCAGAUAAAAUUUCUCUAACCAUUCUAUGGCCAUGGUUAUCAAAUUUCAUACCUUCUAUAUUAUCUUUACUACCUGAAGCGAUAAAUGAUAUUAUUACUUGGGGUUGUAAAAAAAUAAAAUCUUUGGAAAAUUUUCAGUCCGAAUUAUGGCCACAAAUAGGCAUAGACUUUGCUACGAAAUUUUUAACUUUGUUAAAAUUUGAUAAAAAUUCUCCAUUAUACUUUUACAAAGAAAAUAUCAAUGAAAAUUCAACAUUUAAAUUGUUUAUGAAUAUAAUUCAAGCCUUAUAUGAUUUAAAGCAAUUGAAAAUUAAUCACAGGAUAAAGAUAUCUAUUAAUUCUUACAUUGGUGAACCAACAGAUGUAAUAUAUUUGUUACUGAAUAAAAUACCUAUUGAAAGUAUUCACGAAUUGGUAGAAAAAUUUUUGAAACAAUAUAUACUUAAUCAUUCUUUAGAAAAUGAUCUUGUCUUUUCUUCAUACAUUCAAAAACUGAUAUAUAAUUCGAAAGAUUGGUGGUCAUGGGAAGAAGCUCCAUGGGAGAGAAGAGUCACUACUAUUAUCAUGUUUAUACAUAAUGUACAGAAUCGACUUAAACUAACUCUAGAAAUAUUAAAGAAAGCUCCUGUUCCAUGGAGUUCAACUAUAUCUCAGUUAGCAGAAAUAAGUAUAAAGUUUGAACAUCCUUUAUCAACAAAAAUUAAAAUUGAACGUGAUUAUGUACCAAUAAAAUUUAUAUUGAAGAAAUAUGGCUAUGCAAAUAUAGGCAUAAAUGAUAAAUUAAUAUUUUAUAUUAUUAAACAAAAUCGUAAAGAAAUGUUAAAUGAUCUAUACGAAUUAACUAAGAAUAAUUUAUUAUUAAGAAAAAAAGCAUUUUCCUCUUGUAUUAAUUAUUAUUUGACGCGAAGAAAUUUUGAGAUAACGUUUCAAGUUUUAAACAAUUUGGAAGAUGAUAUUGCCCUUUAUUGCUACGAACGAAUUGUUAAUUAUAUUGUUUCUAGUUUUACUUUAAAGGACAUUCCUGAAUCUAUAGAACAUUAUUUUGAAUGCUUAAGUUGGAUUAACACAAAAUUACAAGAUAUGUUAACAAAAUCUAAAAUUCAACAAUACUAUUACAAUGGCGUUGUAAAUAGAAUUGAUGCUGUUAAAAAUUUAUAUCAACUUAAGAAGGAAUUCAAUGUUAUCAUUCCACUUGGUAAAUUAUAUACUGGGAAGGAUGAAAUAUUACAAAUUUGUAUCACAAAUUUGAGUCAUGAGUUAAAUGCACAAUCUUUAUCUACUUUAACUGCAUAUAGAAAAGCUGUUAAACUUGCAAAUAUUUUAAAAUUGCCAAGAUUAAAGAUUAUAUCUGUAUUAUUAGAACAUACAAAAAAUAUUGACAUAUUAAAACAUUUAACAGGAUUUGAAAAAACUAAUAUUGACAUAAUGGCAAAUGAGUGUAAAUACGUGAAAGAUAUAUGUGCAGUAACUUUACAUGAUACAAAACUAAAUGUAGAAACUGCAAAUAUUAUCAAAAACUUAUGUGCAUGUGCAUUAAACUGUUGUGAUGGAUAUGAAAUAGAAUGUAUACUUAAGUGUUAUAAUUUGGCAGAGUUAUAUUCCAAAUCUUUAGCUAAACAUUACACAAGUCCUAUAGAUGCAAGUUCUGAAGAAAUGCAUAAAUCACAAUGGAAAUUAUAUACAAUAUAUGAAGAUCUUGCCAUAUCAUUGGAUCCAUCAUUAUUUACUGUAAUAGAAGAUGUAUUAUCUAUUGUUAUGAUAUAUGCAGACUUCAAAACUAUAUCAUACAAAGAAAAAACAAUUAAAAAAGAUUGGAUACAAGAGCAGAAGACAAUAGAAGAAUUACUGAAUAGUCUACUUAAAAAAAUAAAGGAAAUUAGUCUUGUACAUAAUGAGUAUGCAGUAUUCAAAAUUAUUAAAACAUUAUACUUCAGUUUUUGUUUUUCAUCAAGGAUGGAACAAAAUAUAUUAAAUAAAAUACAAUCUUUGUUAUCACAUAUUAUAAAAAGCUUAUUGAAAAGAGUGGUAAAUGCUCCAAAAUUUGAUUUACAACUUGGUUUGUCCUGUCUUUUUACGUUAUCUGAUCAAGAAGCAUCUAAAUGGCUUUCUACAACAUCUAAGCUAUUACAAACUGAUUACUCAAGACAUGCUACAAUUUCAAUAUUAGGUUACGAAUACUUUCGCUUUCAAAAAAAUCAUUCACUUCUGGAAUCAUUUGAAUGGUACAAAAUGUUACAUUAUUGGGCACAGAGAUUGUCUACUUAUUCAAUUACAUAUAAAGAGAUUUUUACCAGUGAUAAUGCAGAAAAAAGACAAAUAUUAACACGUUUAAUGAAUUACAAUAAUCACAACAUAAUUCCUUUGCUACAAGAUUUCUGUAAAUGCUUUGGAUUUGAUAUAGAUGAUUGCUUAAUACUUUAUCUACAGGUAUUAUUAAAUACUUGGAAUCCUACAUUUACAAUUUCUUUUUGUAAUGGGAAAAAAGAAUUGCAAAUUUCCCAAGACGAGGUAAACAAAUUAAAAGCAAAAUGUACUGUUGUAACCAAAAAAAUUGUAGACAAAAGUACAUUAAAGCAAUGUGCUCGAAAUAUGUUAUCAGAAAUUAAUUUCUAUCACUAUGAAGCAUCUAUUAUUUUAAUGGAUCUGAUGGGAAUAGGAACGAGUGAAACAAGAAAUUAUUUUUGGUUUCUGCAAAAUUAUACACGAUAUGGGCAACCUACAUUAAUAGAACAAGAAGAAUGGAUACGUCUUAACCCAGAAUAUAAGUCAUUACCUGCUAUUGCAGAAUAUAGACUUCCUUUUUUACCCAAAGUUGACAUCUGGAAACUCAUAACGUCUGAAUUAAAUUUGAAAACUUAUGAAAAAUGGUUAACUAUUGCAUCUAUUAUCAAAUUAGAACCACAUAUAAUAUGUUCUGUAGCUAUAAAGCAAGAAGUUAUUCAAGAAUGGGGACCUUUGAAUAGAACUACAGAAUGGUCACUUCAUUCUAAGAACAAUAUCUUCCUGGAAAAUGUACUGAAGUGUAUAGAACGAAUGGGACCAAAUGCAUUAUAUUAUGCAACUGCUGCACUAUACUAUGUUGUAAAUCAUACACCUCCAGGAGCAGAUCGAGUUGCUGCAAUACAACAAUGUUUUACAUAUGCUGAAACAGCAGUUCAACAAUCUACAAACUUCGAAGAAGACUUAUUAGAAAAAAUACGAUUUAAAUAUCUAAGAUUUACAGCUGAACAUAUUUUACGAAUACAUGGUUUGGGAAAAGAUGCUUAUAUCUCUUUGAUUUCACAUCCACCUAAAUUAGUUAAAGCAUUGUAUAUGGAUGAAAGUAUACCAUUAAGAUACAGAAGCGUUAUUGAUCUUAGGCCUGAUAUUAAUUUAGCCGUUGACGCUUUAGGUCGUCUUUUUAAUUUGAAUUUAGUCAAAUUGCGUUUUCAGUUACUUCAAGAAUGGUUACAACAAGAUUCUGAACAGAUUAGAUUCGAUCAAAGUUUUACAGAUGUAUUUUCUAAUUUGACUCGCCCAGACAUCAGUACAGUUUCUGGUAAUAAUCUAUGCAGAGCUUGUUACAUGCUACAGCAUGGAGAUGUAAAUUUAUCUGUACAUCUUCUAAUAGACAUAGGUUUUGGAGAAAAUAAUGAAAAUGAUUAUAGCUCUGAAAUGCGAUAUAGAGCGUUAGACGUUUUGCAAUCUAUUAUAGAUCCAACAACUUUACAACAGCUUACUAAGCGAGAAAUAACUACUAUUAGGCAAUAUACGAAAACUUUAAAAUAUAUAAGUAAAUUGGAAGCCUUAGGAUUGGGAUACAAUAUAACUACGUUUGAAACAAGUUCUAAAAAUGAUCUUGUACAGAUGUUGUUAAAUACUCAAUAUUAUUCACGACAAGCUUUAAUUUUAAUUGUAGAAAUUUGUACAGAUUACGAUAUAAAUGAUUAUUCCAUUUGGGAUAAAAGUUUGACACAAAUGGCUACAUUAGUAAUGAUAAACGAAUUAAUGGAAAUUUUACCACGGAUACGUAAUACGAGCAUUGUCACAACGUGCAAAGGAUAUAAAUUAGCUUGGCAAUGUAUUAUAAUAGAACCAUUUAGUAAAAUGGAUAUACCACCAUCUCCAGAACAAAUAGAUGCUUGUAUAAUGGCAUUCUGUCUUCUAUAUUCGUGUCCUGUUACAUACGAGUUAAAAUUCAAUGAUAUUUUAAACUAUUGUUUUCAAUGUCAACAGCCACAUUUAGCAAUUGCAUUCUUACCAUAUUUAGAUAUAGUUGAUAAAAAGUAUGUUUUUGAUCAUAUCCAAUCUUUUACAAAUAUUCAAGAUAUUAUUGAUAAUUUAAAUGAAUUGUCAUCAAAAGGGAUACUUGGAAUUCCAUAUUGUAUUACAAUAUUAAAAAAAAAAUAUAGAGAAAACAGAAUUUAAAUAAUAAUACUAUCA